CGCCAACAACAAGAAGAGAUGGCACUACUUUAUGCAGACCCUUUUGAUGUGGAAGCACAAAAGAAAAUUGAAGCUGCAAUCUGGCAGAACCCUGAAGCUUUUGCAAGAGUGGUCAUGCUUUAUGUGGACAUUCAGUUUCUUAUUAAACUGAACAUGCAUUUGUAUUCACUCUCAAGCGGCUUGAUUCAGGCCUUUGUGGAUGGAUGGGCAUUGCUCAUGGAGUUGGAUUCUCCAAAUAUGGAAUUCCUUUUUGAAUUAGAUAUGCUUUGUAAGCACCAGUGCAUCACUGAUUUGAAAGAUAAUGUGUUGAGAGUUGGGGGAGGAGUGGUUGCUGUGAAUCUUAAUCAUAUUUACAUGUAUGGUUCAGUAGAGAGGAGUAACAAUCACCCCAACACCAUCUGCAUCGGGGGUUGGUCAAUCUUCAGGGAGGUGACUUUGAAGCCAAAAUUGAGAAGCUGGUUGAGCUAG